AUGCUACGCUUGACCUGCCCUACUGGCGUUGCUUUGAUUGCGUUGCUUAGAUACGUAGACGAUUACCUACUGAUGACUACCGACCUGCGUGAAGCCCAGCGGUUUGUAGAGCUUAUGCACUCCGACUUUGGCCACACUCACGGCCUGAGCAUCAACGCCACAAAGACAGUCACGUCCUUCCCCAUUGAGAUCAACGGAGCCACCGUGCGCAAUUCGUGUGACACGGAGCGGUUCCCCUGGUGUGGUCUAUUAAUAGAUCAGAAGACUCUGGAUGUUAUGUCGAACUUCACCGUGUAUUCGGGUGUAGGUAUGUUAUCCCGCAAUCACGCUGUGCAUCUGGCUUACAACUCUUCUGUUGUCUUCUGUUAG